GGAGCCCUGCAUUUCCUGGGACCCACAGGACUAGUGGGUGGAACAGCCACAGCCAAACUGCUCUGCUGGGACGGGAAGCACGAAAGGAGCCCCAGAGAGAGAAGUCGUGGUAGUGGAGAGGCCAAGGAGGUAGUUACAGAAAUUCUUCUCUGUAGCAGAAAGGUCUGGAGGUUGGGGCAGGGCUUGCAUCUCGAGGGGGCCGGGCUCGGCUGGUGCCGGGGGCGGGAGCAGCGGCCGGAGAGUCGAGUUGUGCAGCCGGAGCUGGAGCCCACAGCCGCCUCUCUGCGUUCGCUCCUACUCGCUCCCUCCGUCCCUCCUCCUCCUCCUUCCCUCCGGCUGCCGCCGUGAUGGGCUUCGGGAGCCGGCUGGCCCAGCUGGGCGCCCUGUUUCUGCUGCUGCGGCCGGAGUCUCUGUCCGAAGCGAUCGUGCCCCGGGUCAGCCUGUCUUACGGCUCCCAGGAGCGGACGGUGCGAAGGUUUGAAGCAGAGGGUGUCACCAACUACACAGCCCUAUUGCUGAGCAAAGAUGGAAGAACACUGUUUGUGGGGGCCCGGGAGGCCCUCUUUGCUCUCAGCAGCAGUAGCAGCUUCCUGCCCGGGGGGCACUACCAGAAGUUGCUGUGGAGUGCUGACCCAGAGAAGAAACGCCAGUGUGUCUUUAAGGGAAAGGAUUCACAGAGGGACUGUCACAACUACAUCAAGCUUCUCCAGCCAUUCAACAGCAGCCACCUGUACACCUGUGGUACAGCUGCCUUCAGCCCAGUCUGUGCCUACAUAAACAUUCAGAACUUUAGCUUGGAGCGGGAUGGAUUGGGGAAUGUCCUGCUGGAGGAUGGGAAGGGCCGCUGUCCAUUUGACCCCGAGUACAAGUCCACAGCCAUCAUGGUUGAUGGUAAGCUCUAUGCCGGAACAGUCAGCAACUUCCAGGGGAAUGAGCCAACUAUCUCCCAGAGCCAGGGGAAUCGCCUCACCCUCAAGACUGAGAAUUCCCUCAACUGGCUUCAAGACCCAGCCUUUGUGAGCUCUGCUUACAUUCCUGAGAGCCUGGACAACCCACGGGGGGACGAUGACAAAAUCUACUUCUUCUUCAGCGAAACUGGCAAGGAGUUUGACUUCUUUGAGAACACAAUUGUGUCCCGAAUUGCCCGUGUGUGCAAGGGGGACCUUGGUGGGGAGAGGGUAUUGCAGAGACGUUGGACAUCUUUCUUGAAAGCCCAGUUGCUUUGCUCCCGGCCAUCUGAUGGCUUCCCCUUCAAUGUGCUCCAAGAUGUCUUUGUGCUGAGCCCUAGCCCUAAGGACUGGCAAGACACCCUCUUCUACGGAGUCUUCACUUCACAGUGGCAUCAAGGAGCUGCAGGGGGCUCAGCCAUAUGUGUCUUCACCAUGCAGGAUGUGGAGAGUGCCUUCAAUGGCCUCUAUAAGGAAGUAAACCGAGAAACUCAGCAGUGGUAUACAGUGAUGGAUUCACCAACGCCCCGGCCAGGAGCGUGCAUCACUAAUAGUGCCCGGGAAAAGAGGAUAAAUUCCUCUUUGCAGCUCCCUGACCGUGUGCUUAACUUCCUCAAAGAUCACUUUUUGAUGGAUAGGCAGGUCCGUAGCAACCCGCUGCUGCUGCAGACGAGGGCCCGCUACCAGCGCCUCUCUGUGCACCGAGUCUCUGGCCUGCACCGUACUUACGAUGUCCUCUUCCUGGGCACAAGUGAUGGCCGACUGCACAAAACCGUGAGCUCGAGGCAGAGGGUGCACAUCAUUGAGGAGAUCCAGCUCUUUCCGCCUGACCACCCUGUACAGAACUUACUGUUGGAUCCCCAAAGAGGAUUACUGUAUGCUUCCUCCUACUCGGCUGUGGUUCAGGUGUCUGUGGCUAACUGUAGCCUGUACACAAGUUGUGGGGAAUGCAUCCUGUCUCGAGAUCCCUACUGUGCCUGGAGUGGUACCAGCUGCAGGGACGUCAGGCACUACCAGCCGGAACUGGCCUCACAGCCAUGGGUGCAGGACAUUGAAGAUGCCAACACUGAGCAGCUUUGCAACAAUUCUGCAUUCAGCCCCCUGUCUUCCGCAUUAUCAGAUGAGACACCGUGCGAGCGAGUUCACUUCCUGCCCAACACUGUCAACACCCUGACCUGCCGACUGCUUUCCAACCUUGCAUCCCGGCACUGGCUACAUAACAGGGCCCCCAUAAACAACUCUUCCUCUUACCGUGUGCUUCCCAGUGGGGACCUGCUUUUGGUGGGCAGCCAGGAUGGGCUGGGUUCUUUCCAGUGCUGGUCCCUGGAGGAGAACUUUCAGCAGCUGGUGGCCAGCUACUGUGUGGAGGCUACUGAGGGCGCAACAGAUGGGGAGGAGGGUUCUAUUGUCCCCCUCAUUAUCAAUACCUCCCGGGUGAGCUCACCUGCCAAUGGGAAGGCUGCUUUGCUUCCUUACAAAACCUACUGGACAGAGUUCCUGCUGAUGUGUGGUCUGUUUGGAUUUGCUGUUGUACUUUUUGCCCUCUUCUUCCUUUAUCGAAACCGGGAUGGCAUGAAGGUCUUUCUCAAACAGGGAGAGUGUGCCAGUGUACAUCCUAGGACCCGCCCAGUGAUGCUACCUUCUGAAAACCGGUCCCUCAAUGGAGGAGGCCCACCUAGUGCCCUGCCUGAUCACAAAGGCUACCAGGCUCUUGCUGACAGCUCUCCUGGGCUCCGAGCUUUCACUGAAUCGGAGAAGAGGCCGCUCAGUAUUCAGGACAGCUUUGUAGAGGUGUCUCCUCCAUGCCCCCGGCCCCGGGUGCGGCUAGGCUCGGAGAUCCGUGACUCUGUGGUAUGAGCACAGGAGAUGGGUAAAAAACCAACCCUGGCUCUAGGGACUAUGACUCCGUAUGGAAUGGCCAGCCCUACCUCUUUUCAUCAAACAGAACCCAGUUCAAAGAAUGGAGCUAGCUGGUUGGGCAGCUCCCUCCUACUUCCUAUGGAGUCCCUGGGGACAUGGACCAGCCAGAGGGAAGAGGAUCAUCAGCCUUAUAGCAAGCCUGUAAGGCCUCCUCUCAACCAGGAAUGGAAAGAGAGGUGGAUUUGCUGGCCCUGGGUGGUCACCUUGGAGCUCCACACAUUGAAUCUACAACCAGAAGGCGCUUAGAGGGGGUCCAGUUGUUCAGUGACCUCUUUCAUUCAUUCUCAGUCUUUGCUAAGAGACUGUUCUGAUAGACUAGCUCUCCUGAGCCCUUUUGAAAACAUUUUUCUUUAAAAAAAAGAGAGAGAGAAAAUGUGAAACAAGCAUGAGGGGUGAGUGGUGAUCAAGAACUUCUCUUCGAGCCUUGUUCUGGAAGGGAUUCAGUUCAUGGGUUCCCUUCCUUACAUGCAAUUCCCAUGGGGCAUUUUGGAGGUACCAGGACAAUAUGAUUGCCUGAGCCUAAGUUUGAAAUCCAUCUCUUCUUCUUCGAUGUGCCUCCUUUUAGUUUUUCUCGUGUUCCGCUGCCAAAGUCAGUCAAUGCAGAGACCUAGGACUGUCCCUGAGGCCCCCAAGAAGUCUUGGGCUUGCCAUGCCAAGGACCCCUGAGAGUGAGAAAGCCAAGCCAGGGUACACUUUCUCCCUACCUCCACAAAGCAAUCAGGCUACAGACAACAGGAGGGUUGUUAUGUCACUGCCAUCCCUGCCAAGCCGAAGGACUAAUAGUGGCCUCUACGCUUUCUCUUGGGACCCAAGAGGGCUGGCGUAAGGUUGGCGUCAUCACUGUGUCAAGGGAGGAGAUAGAAGCACAUUCCAUUUCUUAUGGAGUUCAUGUUGAACAUCAAAGACUGGACUUACUAUCUUCCCUUUGUGAUAACCUAAAAGAACCACUGUGUCCUUGUCCUUCUUUGUCCUCUGACCCUUUUAGACUUCCUCCCACUUUCCAUAAAUGACUAACCUCCCCAAGCUUAAUGAUUCUCUGGCUCUUUGUGCUAUUUCUGCCCAAAGGGACAAUGACACUGCCCAGUCAAAGGGCCAUGAAUCUAUGUGGGUUUUGUACCAUUUUUUUUUUAUAAAAUGCACUUUACUUUUUUUUUAAUAAAAUCUGAAAUUGAAUUUUA